AGAGGAGAAAGUGGGAUUGUUGAGUUUAAAGACCGCCAGAGCAAGGUGCAAGUGGCAGCUUUUCUGGAAGCUUUGUGGCCCGAGGACCACUGCUUGUAUCAGCUUGAGCCAGAGUCACCUCACUCUCCCAAGUGCUUUAAUGAUCAAAGGGCAGUCCAAGAGCAGAGGUAGAGAGUGCUGACACAAGGGAGGAAAGAAAGAGUGAGAAAGGGAGAACGGGAGAGAGAAAGCGAGAGAGGGAGCCGUCAGCAGCAGCAGCAGCAGCAACAACAGCAGCGAGGGAUAGGAGUCUGAAGGGAGGUGAGAAUAAGUGAGUCGCGCGAUCAAUAGGCAAAAGUGGAGUGGAGGAGAGAGGGAGAGGUCGGCGUAUUUCAAGGCACUCUGAAGCAGCGUGUUCUCAAACCUGCGGCAAUGGCAUCAGUGCUGGUGAGCAGCAGAGCGUCGGCAACUCCGGGCAGCCAGCUGAAAUGCAAGUUCAAAAGGAGAAGACGGAGACGAUCCAAGAGGAAAGAUAAAGUAAACGCACUUUCUUCGUUCAUUGGUCCAUUCAAGUAUUUCAGCCCUGGUUUGGAAAAUACUGAGGACGAAGAUAAUUUGAGUACCAGUAGCGUGGAGGUCAAGGAGAAUCGCAAUGUGGGUAACUUGUCGUUGGAAGAUCACACCCGAGCCUCAAGUGACCGGCAAGUCUUUCGCUGCUCAGAUGUGUCCAGAAGCGGAGUGUCGGGAUUGAAAAGGAAAAGGCCGCUGGAGGAAGGGAACACUGAGCAUACGCACCCGAAGGUGCAGCUGAAAUGCAAGAAGUUGUCAUGGUCGGUGAUGCCAAAGAACGCCCUAGUGCAGCUGAACGAGCUGAAGCCGGGAUUACAGUACAAGGUGGUGUCGCAGACCGGGCCUGUACAUGCGCCCAUUUUCGCCAUCGCGGUCGAAGUCAACGGCUUCCUCUUCGAGGGCACGGGGCCGACCAAGAAGAAAGCAAAGAUGAGGGCGGCCGAGCUGGCCCUGCAGUCCUUCGUACAGUUCCCCAACGCCUCCCAGGCCCACUUCGCCAUGGGCAACUGCGUCAACCCUAGUGCGGACUUCACGUCCGACCAGGCAGACUUCCCCAACACACUGUUCAAAGAGUUUGAGCCGUCGGGGCAGGGCGACGGCCUACCUUGUUGCAGGCCGGCCGACGAUGACGAGGAGGAGCUGCUGUGUGGCGGCUGGCGGCGCGGACGCUUACUCCGCCGCACGCUGGGUUUAAUGGCACCGGCCAAGCAGAACCGCCGCAAGGCGCCGCCCGCCACCGCCGCAGGAGCAGCAGCAGCAGCAGCAGGAGGCGGCGGGAAGAACCCCGUGGAGAGGCUCAACGAGCUGCGGCCAGGCCUGAGGUACGUCUGCCUCUCAGAGACGGUGGAGAAGCGCGUCAAGAGCUUUGUGAUGGCGGCGAGGAUUGAUGGGAGAACGUUUGAAGGCAUGGGACGCAGCAAGAAGCUGGCCAAAGCCCAGACUGCACAAGCCGCUCUUCAAGCUCUCUUUAACAUCCAGCCAGUGCCCAGUGGAAAACCUUGUCAAAUGCCUGGCAGGAAUAAAUGUCCUCAUUUACCACAGGAGUUUGCCGAUGCAGUGUUUCACCUGGUCACAGAGAAAUUCAAAGAGCUAACAGACAAUUUGACCUCCUCACAUGCACGGCACAAGGUACUUGCAGGAAUCGUAAUGACCAGAGGUCUAAACAUGAAGGAUGCCCAGGUUGUUGCCCUAUCAACAGGGACAAAAUGUAUAAACGGAGAAUACAUUAGUAACCAGGGUCUAGCCCUAAAUGAUUGCCAUGCUGAAAUUAUUGUACGGAGAUCUUUAGUUCGUUUCCUUUACUCUCAGCUGGACCUACAUUUAAGUAAACAGCCAGAUGACUGGGAACGUUCAAUCUUUGUCCAUCAAAAAGAGGGAGGCUACAAGCUGAAAGAGAGUGUCCUUUUCCAUCUGUACGUCAGUACUCCACCUUGUGGAGAUGCUCGCCUGAACUCUCAUCGAGAAGCGAGGGCUGAAUUGCAACACAGCAAGCCAUUGAUCAGGAAAGUCCGGGGACAUCUCAGAACGAAGAUUGAGUCUGGAGAAGGCACCAUUCCCAUCCGGUCCUGCAACCCCAUCCAGGCAUGGGACGGGGUAUUGCAGGGAGAGCAGCUACUGACCAUGUCCUGCACUGACAAGAUUAACAGGUGGAACGUCAUGGGAACCCAGGGAUCACUCCUGAGCCACUUCAUCGAACCCGUCUACCUGCAGAGCAUCGUGCUGGGGAGCACACAUCGCAUCGACCACCUUUCCCAGGCAAUGUGCCGACGAUUGGACAGUAUCGACCAGCUGCCACCACCCUACCGCUGCAACCAGCCUCUCCUCAGUGGGGUCAGUAGUACCGGCCUUCGUCAGCAGGGAAAGUCUCCGAGCUUCAGCGUAAACUGGGCACUGGGUGACCCCGACAUCGAGAUCAUCAAUGCUACCACAGGAAAAGGGGACCUGGGAUGUUCCUCCAGACUCUGCAAACGUGCACUUUAUUCCCAGUGGACAAAGCUUUACGGCAAGCUCAGUACACGAGCCUCCAAGCUCCGGGGAACGCCGCCCGUGUACUGCGAAGCCAAACUGGCAGCUGAGACGUACCAGGCUGCCAAGCAGCAGCUGUUUAAAGCAUUGCAGAAAGCCGACCUGGGCAUGUGGGUGAAGAAGCCCCCGGAGCAGGAUCAGUUCCUGCCCGCUGCAUAGACACCAUGGACUGUCGUAAUCAAAGUGAACCUCAGCAAAAGCAAAUUCUAAAACAAAGUCAACGCUAACCUCAAAAUCUCCCCAUUUCUUCGGAAGACAGCUCCCAUAACCAUUGCCUCAUCUCACCCUGCUCCCCCCCUCGUUACAACAGAAAAUGCUCAUCACUGGCUCCACUGACAACAAUCUGCCUGAUGGAAGCCUCCAGUUCUCAGAGCUGUAGCUGGGCAUCAUUCACCAACAAAAGGCUGGCCCAACAAAAGACCCGACAUGAAGUCUGAGGGCAAGCAUGAAUUGUAAAAUCAAUCCUUCAUCUAUCUAUUCCUGCGAAAAGGUGCUUCUUUCCACCUGUCCAUUUGCAUUUUGAGGUGACCAUUGAAUACGAUUUUGUAAUCACUUUCUUAUUAAUCUGAUAUUUAUAUGCUCUUGAUGCACAGGUGUUGGGGCUCUGUCCCAGCUUUGAAUAGGUGGAAAUGACAAUUAAUUCAACUUUGAUUUGAAACAAAUAGAAAUGCCUCCAGCGUUUAUCUGGAUCAGUACAGGUUGCUACUGAGGGAAAUAAGCCCCAUCUAUUCUGGAUGCAGGUGAUCUGAAACCAAAUAGCAAGAGGUUCAUUGAAGCACAACCAACCAUUUGGAGGGGACCUCAAACUGAGGCUUUAUGUUGGAGCCAAUGCGAAGCAAUAACUAAAGAGACUGAUGUUUGUGGAUAGCCUGGUUUGAGAUUUGCACUGAUACAAUUUGGGAUUGCAAUUGAAUAAUUGAUCGGGCGUUUAGCAGCACCCAUCCUGAGAUUAUGGAACCAGCCUGGAGUCAGUAAAAUCACU